AUGGUGUCCCCCACACGAUCAUUGAGCGCUGGAUCGCUCAUGCUGGCAUUGCUGGCCUCUCCAGUAGCGGCCCAAAGCUACAACCUUGUGGAAAAUUGGCAAGGAAAGAAUUUCCUCGAUUAUUUCAACUUCCACGUCGGGAGCGACCCGACAAACGGCUACGUGAACUAUCUCGACCAAAAAAGCGCAGAGAGCGCCGGGCUUGUCAAGGUGACGGAUUCCGGAAGUGUAUAUCUAGGUGUCGACCACACGACCAAACUGAAUCCCAAUGGAAAAGGACGUGACUCGGUUCGCAUUGGUACCAAGAAGUACUACGACAAGUCGCUGGUCAUUGCCGACAUUGCGCACAUGCCCGGCAGCGCCUGCGGUACAUGGCCCGCCUUCUGGUCAACUGGAAAAGACUGGCCCGGCGAUGGCGAGAUUGACAUUAUUGAAGGUGUCAACCUGCAAGACCACAACGAGAUUGUCAUGCACACGGCUGGCACUUGCAGCCUGACUGACACGGAUAUGACUGGAACUGUGAACGCCACGGGCUGCGGUGAAGACCUCGGCACUGUCGGCUGUGUCAUUGAGGGACACAAAGGCAGCUACGGCACAUCGUUCAACGGCCAAGGAGGUGGUGUUUAUGCUAUGGAGUGGACCUCGGAGCACCUGAAGAUCUGGUACUUCCCCCGAAACUCGAUUCCCGCCUCGAUCAAGAGCGGCAAGCCCGAUGUGACUCGCUUUGGCACCCCGAUGGCGUUGGUGAAGGAAUCAUGCGACGUGGCCAAUGCAUUCAAGACACAGUCCUUCAUCUUCGACGUCACAUUCUGUGGAGACUGGGCCGGAGGUGUGUUUGGUGACUCAGGAUGCCCGGCAACCGAUGCAGACUCCUUCAAGAGCUGCCACAACUAUGUUGCCAACCACCCCGGCGAGUUCAAGGAGUCUUACUGGGAGAUCAACUCUGUCAAGGUCUAUCAAACUGGCGUGAAGGGAAUCGCUUCAAUUUCAUCCGCCGAGUCUCAGACUACCCAAGCCGCUACCACCAUUGUCUCCAAGACCCAGCCCGCCCAAACCAAGCCCACCGAGGUCGCCACCGAAGCCAAGUCGGAGACCGCUGCCGUCGUCCAGUCUACCGAGACCACUGCCGCCGUCCAGUCCACCGAAAAUGUCCCUGCCGUGGAGACUAGCACAUCGUCCGUCGACAACGCCUCCGUCGGCAGCGUCCAGGAGCUGAACCCUUCAUCUGCCCCUGCGCCCGCCGCGACGGAACAGAGCCACGCGACCCAGGAAGCGGAGGCUGUGGCCCCGAAGAAGACUCGCACCGUCACUGCCCACGUCACUGCAACUGAAACCAUUUGCCCCGAGUCAGAGAAGUCUUCCGGCGUGGUCGUGCAAGCUACUGCCGAUCACCCCCACUCCAGCCAGGGCAACGUGCCAUCUUCCGAUGACCAAACUGCCACCCCAAUCUCGCAGCAAGCUCCCACCACCGUGCCCGCGGUCCCAGCCAACACCUCCGCCGCGUCCACCGCUGCCCCCAUCGCAAGCCCCAGCAAGCCUUCAUCGGCUGCCGUUGAGCCCACGUCAGUUGCGUCCCGAACAGGAUCAGUACCCAUCGUAGAGGUCUCCAGCUCUACCCGGAUGCACCCCACUGGCUUCCCUUCAGCGGUCGUCUCAUCCGUUCCAUACGAUCCCUCCCGGGCUCUGAUUCCCGCACCCACUGAUGCAUCCCCGGCAACUGGAUCCACAUCCGAAGUCUAUGUGCCUACCGGCUCCGAGUCUGGUGUGAGCCCCGUCUUCACUGGCGCUGCUGACCGUGUCUGCGCACAGCUUUCGGCUAUCAUGUGUGCCAUGGUCGUUGCCGUUCUUGUCUAA